UUACGCCCACGUGCUUCUUUUCCCUAUAUAGUGACCUUCUAUCACUUUUCUUCUGUUACCUUCGCCCCCGUUAUUUCCGGCCUAUAUUUCCCCCGCUUCUUCUUCUUUCUUCCGGACUGUUUCUCAAUCUCCUUAUUUGGAACUCUGUUCUUGCAUGGCAGUUAGAUUUCUGAACCAGCAUCUAUCAGAUCUGUGCUUGGGAAAGCCAGCGCUGAGGCCUGUGAGGGAGACGGCCAGCAUAGCGGAGGCUGUGGCCGCGUUGAAAAGGUCCAGCGAGACUUAUGUGAGCAUAUGGAGAUGUUCCGAUCAUUCUAAGGAGGUUCAGCGAGAUUGCGAUUGCCUCUGUGUCGGGAAGAUCUGUAUGGUUGAUGUGAUUUGCUUUCUGUGCAAAGAGGAGAAUUUGGGGAAAAUUGCUAAGGCUCUGGAAGCUCCGGUUUCUGACAUUUUGCCCAAAGGUGUCUCUAUCGUCAGGCAUCUCGAGCCUAAUUCAAGCUUGCUUGAAGCCAUAGAUUGCAUUCUUGAAGGCACUCAAAACUUAAUCAUACCAAUACAACAAACCCAUAUGAACAGUCGUUCAAGAAGAAAGCAACUUUUAAGUCCCUCAAACCACCACGGGGUUGAAUACUGUUGGCUGACACAAGAAGACAUCGUCCGGUUCAUCCUCAAUUCCAUUGGUGUCUUCUCACCCCUACCAACAUUCACCAUCGAAUCCCUCGGCAUAAUUAACCGUGAUGACAUCAUGACCAUCCACUACCAUGAACCUUCAACCAAUGCCUUGAACUCUAUUUCCCGUGCUCACAUCCAACAGACCUCAAUUGCUGUUAUAGACGAUGACGACAACAACAGAUUGAUAGGCGAAAUCUCGCCUUUCACCCUUUCAUACUGUGAAGAAACGGUUUCCGCGGCCGUGAUGACUCUCACGGCGGGUGAUCUCAUGGCAUACAUAGACUGUGGGGGUCCCACUGAUGAUUUGAUUGAGCUGGUGAAGCAGAGGGCUGGAGAGAGGAAUCUCAGUGCACUGUUGGGUGUGAUUGGGGAGGAAGAGGAAUAUUCGGUUUCUUCGAUUUAUUCCUCAUCAUCGGCGGCUUCUAGCGGUUCUUCUGAUGAUGAGUCAUCGACUUUGAGCAAGAGUGGCGGGUCUGGGAAUUAUUACUGCUUGAGGAGAUCUGAGGCGAUUACUUGUUAUCCGUGGAGUUCGUUGGUUGCAGUUAUGAUUCAAGCACUAGCUCACCGGGCUAGUACCAUUUGGGUCAUUCAAGAGGACCAGAGUCUGGUUGGGAUUGUGACUUAUAAAGAGAUGUUGAGGGUUUUUAGGAGCAUUGCCAACCCUCUGCCUAAGACCAAGCCUGAUAGAGAUAAUAAUGCUUUUAGGCAAUAACAAACAAUGACUAUUGUUAUGCCUACUUGUUUUGCUUGUAUCAAGUUUCUUUAUUGAUAGUAUAUUCGUAUAAUAUAUUGUAAGAGUCGUACCAACCGGAUUAAUUCACUUUAAAUACAAUUGUGUGGUGCCUUACAUAUAUGUGUAUUACUUUUCCUCUCUUUUUC